AUGACUUCGUUACCCUCGACCGCAGUGCGGGUGGCUUCGCGCUCCGCCUCGGCUACAUCGGCUGCGCGCCUCUCGCAGAUGCGUUCGCACUUCUCUACCUCGUCCGCCACACGCAGAGAAGUCGGCGAAGCCUACAUCAUCUCGGCGGCACGAACGCCGACGGCCAAGUUCAAUGGCUCCUUCGUGUCCCUGUCAGCACCGCAGCUCGGCGCCGUCGCCAUCAAGUCGGCCAUUGAAAAGUCCCGCGUGCCGGCCUCCAAGAUCUCCGACGUGUACAUGGGCAACGUGCUCUCGGCGGGCGUGGGCCAGUCGCCUGCGCGCCAGGCGGCGCUGUUCGCGGGUCUCAGCACGGCCACCGAAGCCGUGACCGUCAACAAGGUGUGCGCAAGCGGGCUGAAGGCGGUCGUGCUCGCGGCGCAAAACAUCCAGCUCGGGCUCGCCGAGGCGCAGGUCGCAGGAGGCAUGGAGAGCAUGUCGCGGGUGCCGUACUACUUCAACCGCGCGGCGCAGCAGCCGGCGUUCGGCCACGUGGGCAUGAAGGACGGCCUGAUCGAGGACGGCCUCUGGGACGUGUACAACCAGUUCCACAUGGGCAACUGCGCCGAGAACACGGCGAAGAAGUUUGAAAUCAGCCGCGAGGCGCAGGACGAGUACGCCAUCCGCAGCUUCGAGCGCGCCCAGGCGGCCUGGAAGGAGGGCAAGUUCAAGGAGGAGAUCGCCCCCGUCACCGUCAAGAGCAAGAAGGGCGAGACCGUCGUCAGCGAGGACGAGGGGUACAACAACCUCAAGAAAGACAAGGUGGCCACCCUGAAGCCGGCCUUCGUCAAGGAGGGCGGCACCGUCACCGCCGCCAACAGCAGCACCUUCAACGACGGUGCGAGCGCCUUGGUUCUCGGCAACAGAGAGAUCGCCCAGCAGUACGGCAAGGACAGCCGCGUGCUGGCGAGGAUCGUAAGCAGUGCCGACGCCGCCAUCGACCCUGUGGAUUUCCCCAUCGCACCGUCCAAGGCCGUUCCCAUUGCACUGGAGCGAGCCGGCUUGAAGAAGGAGGAUAUUGCCAUCUGGGAGUUCAACGAGGCCUUUGCGGCCGUGAUCAAGGCUAAUGAGAAGAUUCUCGGUCUUGAAAACGCUCAAGUCAACUUACUCGGCGGCGCCAUCUCACUGGGCCACGCACUCGGCAGCUCCGGUUCGAGAAUCUUGACAACGUUACUGCAUCAACUGAAACCGGGCGAGUAUGGCGUUGCUGCGAUUUGCAACGGCGGCGGUGCCGCCACAGCUGUGGUCGUGCAGAGAAUCGCCAGUGUCGAGUAG